GGUUGUUUCAAGAUGGCGGAGGCGGCCGCCGGGCCCGGCCGAGGCGUUUGCUGGAGCCGGGACAUUUCUGAUGAAGAAAAGCCCGUGGUGUCUGUUUCAGGAACGUCUACACGAGGAAAUUUAAGAACCAGGUCUUUACCAAAAUAUCGAGACAGUAAAACUGAGCUAAAGGUGCCUGUAGCUGUUGCUUCUGGUUCCAUGGAUCCUGUUAGAAGCACGGGAAACCUGUCAGGGCAACAGGUCGCUAAUGAAGGAGAAAUAAAGAGUGCUUGUUUAAAGGAUUUGUGUCCUGAAGACAAGAGACGCAUUGCAAACUUAAUUAAAGAACUUGCCAGGGUAAGCGAAGAAAAGGAGGUGACAGAAGAACGUCUGAAAGCUGAACAGGAAUCAUUUGAGAAGAAGAUCAGACAGCUAGAGGAACAGAACGAACUUAUCAUCAAGGAAAGGGAAGCUCUGCAGCAGCAGUACAGAGAAUGCCAGGAACUCUUGAGCCUUUAUCAGAAGUACCUAGCUGAGCAGCAGGAAAAACUGUCACUCUCCCUUUCUGAACUCAGUGCUGCCAAGGAAAAGGAGCUGAAGGCAUCCAGUAAGAAGACUUCAUGCCAACAACCAUCUUUGGAGCUAGAUGGUUCCUACUUGGGUAUUGUGGGACCUCGAGUUUUUUCUAAGAACAGUAGAGCAUCAAAGGCUGGAAGCCCAGCAUGUGUUGUGUCGUCUCAGCCUUUCAGGAAUAAUCAUGAUUAUGAGACUCAACUCCAUUACAAUCAUCAGGAACGUAUGAAGGAACAUCCUUUAGAAAAUGACUUGCACACAAAGUGUAACAAUAUGAUUUCCCCAGGCAAGCAGAGGAGCCCACACCAUGUAAAAUCAGUACGGGAGAUGGACCAGAAAGCGAAUGAAUUUCAGAGCACAUGUCCUCAGCAAGUGGGUCAUGGCUGUGCCUGUAGGCAUGUAGGGAGCUUUCAGAGCAUGCAAGAGAGCCACCAUGUCAGCCAGGUACUUAAAAGACAUCCUGGACCAGUUAACAAAGCUUGUGAUUAUUCUAGGUGCCCUCGAGUUUCUGGGCUAAAUGAAAGCAUGGACUCAGGGCCUAAAGAAACAAAGCAGGCUAAAAUAUUGUAUGAAGAAAGAAGGCAGAAGCUGCUUCUGCAGAAAAUGGAGCUGGAAAUUGAAAAAGAACAACUCCAACAUUUAUUGGCUAAGCAAGAAGCCAAACUGCUCCUAAAACAACACCAACUACAUCAAUCUCAUAUGGAUUAUAACAGGUUGAGAGGCCAUGUUCCUGGUUCAAAAGAUGUGCCCAUUGAUGAAGCACCUGGAGAACUUGCUGUCAUGAUAAACAGCAACAGCAUGGGGCUAAGUGUACCAGUGUUGAAGCAUGAGGACUGUUUUCUGAGGACGCCUCCAGUGAGAAAAAUCUCCAGAACACCUGGGAGCAGUUCUGGGAGGAAUUCAAUGAAGAAAAUGAUUGGUUUUGGUGCAAACAUGGAAGGUGGACAAACUCUUCUGACGCAAACCAAAAGAGAAGGCAUCAAGUCAAGGAAAGGGACAACUUCGAGAUUUAGGAAGGAUGGAGCUACAUCUCCUGGGCUGAUACGGAGAAGCAGAGAGCUUGCAGCCACAACCAUGUCACCAAUCCAACAUGACACUUCACGGUACGAAGCGUCUCUUCUUGACCUGGUUGAAGCUAUGGGUCCAAUAUCUGCCCCGGGGCACCUCUGUAGAGAAACUUACAACAGGAACGCAACAGCCAUGCCUCAUCAUGUGAGCCAAAGGCCCUCAUGUCGGUACCAGACGCCUCACAGCUCCAGAAACAGAGCAGAGGAGCUAGAGGAGAGCCGGCUCCUCGAGGAGAUUUUCUUCAUUUGACAUGCCUCAUUUGUCUACAGCCUUUCUGUAGAAUUUUUAGGACCUUUCUGUUGCUGAUUUGGUUGUGUUAAAGCACCAUUUUUCACUUAUUUGAGUGGCAACUGCUUAUCUUCUCCCUUCUAAAACAUAUCUAGUGGGCAUCCAGUGUCACUUUGCGUUUAGCAGUCGUGGUGCAACAACUUUGUGGGGAUAGACCAAUCAGAAAGCGUUCACUUUUUUCCAAAACCUUUCAUGUGCCAAGUAAUCAUUCUAAAAUAGAAUUUUUUUUUUACUCUACAACAUUUUCUAAUAGAUUGAAGGCACAGUUUUGCCAGCCUUGUAUCGGAAGCAUAUUUCAUUAUCGAUUUUUAGCUCUACAGCAUUUUGCGAGAACUGCCUAAUGUUCAAGAACCACCACUUUCAAAGUAGAUUAUAUUCUAAUUAAGCAAGUCUGUUUAAAACCUGGCAUAUUGUAAAGGUACAAGCACUUUACUACUUUUUUUCUGUGAUUUUGUGGUCUGCUUUUUCCUUCAGCAUUCUGAUACUUAACACACUGGGUUUUAGGGGGAUAUAUUGUAAGCUCAACUAUACAGUGUCUAAUAACAUUAACAGAAGAUGUUGCAGGUUGAUAAACUAGGUAUCCAUUGGAAAUAUAUUCCUCUUGAAAUCAAUGCUAUUUGACAGAGUUUAUGUGCUGGGUAACCUAACCCUGAAAUAUCACAAAACACACAUUAAGGUGGUCCAAACCCUAUUUGAUGGACUUUUCAAGAUGAAAUAUAUAGCAGUGGUAGUCUAAGAACCCGUCGUAAGACACUUACACUAACUUGCACUAUUUUGAUCCUGUGUCCAGCCUCUACUGUAAAUAAGACAAAUCAGUAAUUAUUUCCACUAGCAGCUCACAAUGCAUAUUUCCCUGCCGGCUUUAAUUAUUCAUGCUGUAUCUAUUUCAGUUUAUUUAAAUGCACUUCCAUCUACUGCAUGCACUUGGUUAUUUAAAGAAAUGUGCCGAAUUGGUAAAAAUGACUGCAGAUUACAGGAUUAAUGGUCAUUUUCUCCACAAUGCAGUGUUCAUAUUUUAUUGUAACAGUAGCCACCGGCAUGUGUUCCUAGAAAUAUGAGGCUAAAAUACUCAUUUUGCACAGUAAAAUUGCAGCGAGGGAAAGGUAGAAUUGAGCCAGUACGGGCAAGUUCUAGGCCAUUUCCUUCCAAACACCGCAUUGUGGGCCAGGACAGAUUUUCUGACAGUCUCUUUAGGCAACCCUGCUUAUCUUAAUGGCAGUGAGCUGCUGCGCUGGUCCUUGGGAUAUUGCUGCUGCCUGCCUCCCCAGUGCUUUCUCCUGUGUGAUGUUUGGUGCUCUGCGAGGAGCUAGCAAGGCUCAGCAAUGAGGCCCAUGGUGCAUCUCUGGGGAGAGCAUUGGCGGAGGAUAUCUAGCACAUGCCCUUGGCAGCACCGUGCUCUUAAAGCUACGAAACAAAAGGAAAACAAAGGGGAAGAUGAACUUCAAGUUACUCUGAGCUGCUUUGUUCAGGCCCAGUCUUAAUGACAAAUUAAGUGAUAAUCCUUUUUGUGCAUCCCAGAUGAAUUUUAAAAGCUGCCUGGGGGAGUUGAAAGGAAGGCAGCAGCAUUAUUGGACCAGAAAAUGUACACUGUGGCAAGGCCAUGCUUGAUCUGUCUUGCUGUCGGCAAAGUGUUGUAGUUCUUUCAAAUAUGUCCAUCUGCUGUUGAAUGUACCUCUUGCUCUACUCCCUGAGCCUGUCAAGGCACAAGUUUCUACUCAAAGCCCUAAAGAUAUUUUCAAUGUCCUGACCCAAGCAUAGCAGAUAGUUAAACAGGUUUUCUCAUUCAGCUGGCAGAGUAAUCUGCAUCUUUAAGAGGUCAGGGAGGGAGGGGAAAGACCAGAAACAUAUUCAAGGAGUAACAGGAAAACUGAAAGACUGUGAAGAAAUGACCAUCACGUAGAUCCUAGGGGUUUGGGUGGAUUUGUGGUAUUGGGUUUUGGUGGUUUUUUUUUUUGGUUAAGGUUUGGCAUUUUAAAGAAACGGUGCUCUGAUUUCAGUCCAAUUGCUUCUCUUUUCCAUUUUGACUGAAACUUCAAUUACCUUUUCUAAUAAACGCUAACUGGCCUUUUGAAACAGCAAAAAAAAUACAUGUGUAUCUCUUGAAAGGUGCCUUUGUGUACCCAGUUCAAGAACACUGCGAGGGAGCAUUCUGUUCUUUGGGUCUUUGUGGGUGCCGAUAUUUAACUGCUUUAGCAUUCCUUAUGAUCAGUUUUGUCCUUUAACAAUUCUGAUUCUGAUGGUGACUUUUGACUUGAAUCUGUAUUUUAGUAGUAGCUUUGUUUUGAAAAGGACAUUGUCAGAGUUGUGGGCUCUAUGCUCAAGAUGAUGUCCAUCAUUCAGAGCUACAUGGGAGUCAUACUUUUAUGAAGCAAGGAAGUAAGAUGAUUGUAACUGUCUGUGAGAUGUGAACAAAGAAACAAAAGCUAUUAAUUUGGUAGCACCUGUGAAAAGUCUUUUUCUAUAAUACUGGCUCUUGCUCUAGUUAUCAGCAGUACAUUAGGAAUAGUGUUUAACAGUCAGUGCAAGCAAAGAUAUUUUGCCAUGAGGCACUACAAAGUUGAAGUUAUUAAAACAUUUAUAGCCUUAGAAAAAAAAAUCAAUGAUUGUCAAAUAGGAAAGGACAAAAUCAGUAGUUGGGACUGGGAGGGGAAUUGUUUUCCAUCUGCUAAAACAGUAAGAGGAAAUGCAAAAAUUAAACUAGCAAAAGCAAUCACUUGGCAGUGUCCUUUAAGUUUAAGCUCCUGUAUUAGGCAGCUGCCUCUGGGGAGCUAGCCCAGCCACAGACUGUUUGUCCAGAGUGUUCCCAGUUAAUGUGCAUCAGCUUUGCACUGGGCUGUGUUCUGCAUGACGCUCUGUGGAGGGAUGUGGUUUCUGCUCAGGCUCCCUCCCACGCACGCCUUCACUUUGUGCCCUUUGCAAGUAACUCUUGCACACACACUUGCCAAGCCUUUGUGCGGUCAUUGCUUUUGUGCACCUUACAUGCCAUGGGCCUGGAGCAGUCACACACUUUCAACUCAUAGUCUCUCAAGCCUUGCUGUUCAAUCCCAUCUUGAGCACAUAUUUAUGUAUGUAUGUAAGGUCUUACUCCUAAUAAACUA